GAGGCCGAGCCAAUCAGCGGGAGGGGGCGGGGCCAGCGGCAGCAGCACAUGAGUUGUCAAACAGGUUCGUCUUGGACUCCUGAGCGGAUUGAGAACACGUUUAUGGAGGCAGAACGUUGCGCGAAAACCGAACCUCAAGCAGAACCUCCAACGUGGAGCUCGACUGAAAGAAUCCAGGAAGUCUAAAUGUUCAGGAGUUGGUUAUCAGCAUCCCUUCCAAAAAGAUGACCCAUUAGACACACAGAAGAAGAAAUCGUCGUUGGGAGCCAAAAAAAAAAUGCCUGUAGAGAUGCUUCAACACACCGCCAGGCAACCAACCAAAGCUGCUAUUGGAGCUCCAGCUCCUCGCUUACGAGCUAAGGGUCAGGUGGGCCCGCAGUUCUAUCGUCAGAACCCGACGACACCGAGGCAGAGCGCCGUGGAGAGACUGGAGGCGGACAAGGCGAAGUACGUGAAGAGUCAGGUGGCCCUUUCCAAGCAGCAGCCCAUCCGACCUACGGAGCUGCACAAGUCGAAGCCCGUCCCCGCCGUACGGACCACCAGAACCGUCCCCGUUAACGCUGCUCAGACAAAAGUGGACGGCGUGCAGCUGGACUUGGAGCAUCUCAGUAACCUCAUCAGUGAUGUCACUGCGGCGGCAGAGUCCCCCCGGAAAACCCCCGUGAAGGAGAAGCCGAUUCCGCCUCCACGGCCGGACCGCUCCAGCCCAGCUAAGGUCCGGCUAAAAGCUCUCAGAACGGAGGGUGCAGGCGGCGCCGCUGGGGCUCCGACCGCCGGGGCCAUACGAAGAGUGGAUGUGGUGCCUCAAGCCAGCCCGCAGACGUCGCCCUGCAGGCCGCUCCAGUUCAUGCGGCAGCCGCUGAAGCCCAUGCCCUUACACGCCCAGGUUCUCCUUCGCCCGGCUGCCCCUCACCUGCGUCCCUUCCACGCCAAACCCCCACUUUCUACCCCUCUGAAACCAGCCGCUCUGCCAAAACCUGACGACUCUCCCCCAUCUCCCCUAGACCCCCCACCUGCUGCUGCUUUCCCACCUCCCUCUCCAGCCAUCACCCGCUUGUCCUCCACCAGCUCCAGGAAGCGGCCCUCUUUGACCCGCUCCAAGUCAGACAUGAGCGACCGCUACUCCCGAGCCGGCACCGAGCUGGAGCGCUUCUUCAACCUGUGCGGCGUGGACCCCGACGACCUGCAGGAGCUGACCGGCUCCAACGCCGACAUCGUGUCCCUGGCUCGUUUUCGGAGCGUCAGCGCUCCCGGAUCCGAGUGCUCCGGCUCCAGACGAGGAGAGGUGGAGGAGGAGGAUGAGGACGAGGCCGGGAAAGCUGCGGAGCGGGUUCCUUACGGCGUCUCUGUGAUUGAGAGGAAUGCACGGGUGAUCAAAUGGCUGUACGGACUGCGCCAGGCCAAGGAUAACACCACUAAGAGCACCAACCUGUAGAGAGCAGACGAACCGUCGGUGUUUAAAACAAGAAAACGUCAAGUUUUAUUUUUCAUUCACUUGGAUCAAACCAAGUGUUGUGGGUUCAGUUGGAGAACUCGGUAAAGUUUUCCACUCAAAGUGGGUUUCAUAGUUUGUUACUCUGGAAGACUUGAUGACCAAAUUCCUGUUUCAUUUUUUUGUGUUGUGUUUUUUUUGUUUGUUUUUUUAUAAGUUUGGGGCUAUUAUCUUCACAGCUCUCUCCUGUUGAAGUGUCUGAUGAUCUGUCAUUCACAUUUUGCUGUACGUUAAUGGCAUUAAAGGUGAAAUGAUGCACGUUCA